UUUUAGGUUAUUUUUUAAAGUGCGUGUCUGUGACGUGUAAGGUGGUGCCGCUGUUUUGUAUAUUUUUCGAAAUGAAGAAAGUAAAUUAACAGGAAAAAUAGCACUGCCAAAAUAUCGUAAAAUAAAAAAGGACGUACGCGAAACUUACUUUGGUAUUUCAGUUUCAUUAUUUUUUUCACUUAACCUCAAAAACUCAAGAUGCUAGGCCUAGGAAAGAAGAGUUCCGUUGGUAACAACACCGAAAAGCAAGAAACUUUAUUGACCUUAUCGAUUUUAACGUUAGCGGCUAUUUUGUCUUUCGCCACUAGACUUUUUUCCGUUCUACGUUUUGAAAGUGUAAUUCACGAAUUUGAUCCAUACUUUAACUACCGAACAACAAAGUUUCUAGCUGAAGAAGGAUUUUAUUCUUUUCAUAAUUGGUUUGACGAUCGAGCAUGGUAUCCUCUCGGCAGAAUUAUUGGUGGUACUAUAUAUCCAGGUCUGAUGGUCACGUCAGCUGCUCUUUAUCAUUUAUGCUGGCUUUUAAAUAUCACAAUUGAUAUUCGAAACGUUUGCGUAUUUUUGGCUCCUUUAUUUUCGUCUUUCACAACGAUAAUAACUUACUUGCUGACAAAAGAGGUUAAAAAUGCAGGGGCGGGACUUGUUGCUGCAGCAAUGGUAUCAAUUGUACCAGGUUAUAUCAGCAGAUCAGUUGCUGGAAGUUACGACAAUGAAGGGAUAGCCAUUUUUUGUAUGCUACUUACAUAUUACACAUGGAUUAAAGCUGUUAAAACUGGAACGAUUUUGUGGGGGACUUUAGCGGCACUUGCAUAUUUUUAUAUGGUAUCAUCUUGGGGAGGAUAUGUAUUUUUAAUCAACUUAAUCCCACUUCAUGUGUUAACACUUAUGAUAACGGGUCGAUUUUCACAUAGAAUUUAUGUAGCUUAUAGUACUUUAUAUUGUGUGGGAACGAUAUUGUCAAUGCAGAUAUCUUUUGUUGGAUUUCAACCUGUACAAAGUUCCGAACAUAUGCUGGCGUUGGGUGUCUUUGGAUUGUGCCAAAUCCAUGCUUUUGUUGAUUAUCUAAGAAGUAAACUGACAAGGAAUGAUUUUGAUGUGCUAUUUUCCUUCUUGGUUUAUACCGUGGGCAUCUUAUUUGUUGCUGUUUUUGGAGUACUAACUCUAUCUGGCAAAAUUUCGCCAUGGACAGGACGUUUUUACUCCCUUUUAGAUCCAUCGUAUGCGAAAAACCACAUUCCAAUCAUUGCCAGUGUAUCAGAACAUCAACCAACGUCUUGGAGCUCGUUUUACUUUGAUUUGCAAAUCUUAGUUUUCCUCUUCCCCGCAGGACUUUACUUUUGUUUUACUCAGCUCACUGACGCAAACAUCUUCAUGAUUCUUUACGGAGUUACCAGCAUCUAUUUUGCUGGGGUUAUGGUGCGCCUAAUGCUGGUGUUGGCUCCCGUAAUGUGUAUUCUUAGCGGAAUAGCUGUAUCCCAUUUACUUACAAAGUUCAUGAAAAAUACGGAUUCUGUAAAGCCUACAGAUCACAAAAAAAGCAAAAAGCUUGAAUCUAACUACGUAAUGAAGAAUGAAAUUUCCUUAGCUUUUGUUGGCGUUAUUUGCUUGUUAUUGGUUUCUUAUACUUUCCAUUGUACUUGGGUAACAUCUGAAGCAUACAGUUCACCGAGUAUAGUACUUAGUGCUAGAUCACAUGAUGGAGGACGGAUAAUAUUUGAUGAUUUUCGUGAAGCGUACUAUUGGUUAAAAAUGAAUACCCCUGAAGAUGCAAGAAUUAUGUCUUGGUGGGAUUACGGUUAUCAGAUAACUGCGAUGGCAAAUCGGACUAUACUUGUGGACAACAAUACUUGGAACAACACACAUAUAAGUCGUGUGGGGCAGGCUAUGGCUAGUUCAGAAGAGAAAGCGUAUGAAAUCAUGAGAGAACUAGAUGUUGAUUACGUUUUAGUAAUUUUUGGAGGGUUAACCGGUUAUUCGUCAGAUGAUAUAAACAAAUUUUUGUGGAUGGUUAGAAUUGGGGGAAGCACUGACAGAGGAGCUCAUAUUAAAGAAUGGGAUUAUUACUCUACCAGUGGAGAAUUUAGAGUGGAUAAGGAAGGUUCACAAACUUUACUAAACUGCCUCAUGUACAAAAUGUGUUACUAUAGAUUUGGUCAGGUCUACACGGAAGGUGGUAAGCCACCUGGUUAUGAUCGAGUUCGUGGUGCAGAAAUUGGUAACAAAGAUUUUGAACUGGAUGUUUUGGAAGAAGCGUACACUACCGAGCACUGGCUAGUGCGUAUAUAUAAGGUUAAAGAUUUGCCUAAUAGGGGAGUAUAAUUAUUUUCAGUUGUGAACUUUUAACACUGCUACAUUGUUUUUUUUUAAUAAUUAAUAAAAAACGACUGAUACAGUUUCA